AUGGGCGGAGGAGCCCCGCGCCUGCACCGGCGGCUGCUGCUGCUGCUGGGGCUGUGCAGCUGGACGGCCGCGCUGCGAGGAAAUGAGAACAGCGAGGCCCUGCCCGAGUCCAUCCCCUCGGCCCCGGGGACCCUGCCCCAUUUCCUGGAGGAGCCGGACGAUUCCUACAUCAUCAAGAGCAACCCCAUCGUGCUGCGCUGCAGGGCCGUGCCCGCCAUGCAGAUCUUCUUCAAGUGCAACGGGGAGUGGGUGCACCAGAACGAGCACGUGUCCCGCGAGAGCCUGGACGAGGCCACGGGGCUGAAGGUGCGGGAGGUUUCCAUCAACGUGACGAGGCAGCAGGUGGAGGACUUCCACGGCCCCGAGGAUUACUGGUGCCAGUGCGUGGCCUGGAGCCACCUGGGCACCUCCAAGAGCAGGAAGGCGUCUGUGCGCAUCGCUUAUCUACGGAAGAACUUCGAGCAAGACCCCCAGGGCAAGGAGGUUCCCAUCGAGGGGAUGAUUGUCCUGCACUGCCGGCCCCCCGAGGGCGUCCCGGCGGCCGAGGUGGAGUGGCUGAAGAACGAGGAGCCCAUUGAUUCCAACCUGGACGAGAACAUCGACACCAGGGCCGACCACAACCUCAUCAUCCGCCAGGCGCGCCUCUCCGACUCGGGCAACUACACCUGCAUGGCUGCCAACAUCGUGGCCAAGAGGAGGAGCCUGUCAGCCACCGUGGUGGUCUAUGUGAACGGGGGCUGGUCCUCGUGGACGGAGUGGUCCAGCUGCAACGCGCGCUGCGGCCGGGGCUGGCAGAAACGCUCGCGCACCUGCACCAACCCCGCGCCCCUCAACGGGGGAGCCUUCUGCGAGGGCAUGUCCGUGCAGAAAAUCACCUGCACCUCCCUCUGCCCCGUGGACGGGAGCUGGGAGGUGUGGAGCGAGUGGUCGGUGUGCAGCCCCGAGUGCGAGCACCUGCGCGUGCGGGAGUGCGCCGCGCCCGCCCCGCGCAACGGGGGCAAGCCCUGCGAGGGCCUGAGCCAGGAGUCCGAGAACUGCACCGAGGGGCUCUGCAUCCAAGAUAAAAAACCUCUUCAUGAAAUAAAAUCCCAAAACGUGGAGCGCGGCGGGGACAUCGCGCUGUACUCGGGGCUGGCGGCGGCGGUGCUGGCGGUGGCCGUGCUGGCGCUGGGGGUGACCCUGUACCGGCGCAGUCAGAGUGAGUACGGCGUGGAUGUCAUUGAUUCCUCUGCACUCACGGGAGGCUUCCAGACUUUUAAUUUUAAAACAGUCAGACAAGGUAACUCCCUGCUCCUGAACUCGUCCCUGCAGCCCGAGCUGACGGUCAGCAGGACCUACAGCGGCCCCAUCUGCCUGCAGGACCCCCUGGACAAGGAGCUGAUGACCGAGUCCUCGCUGUUCAACCCCCUGGCCGACAUCAAGGUCAAGGUGCAGAGCUCCUUCAUGGUGUCCCUGGGCGUCACCGAGAGGGCCGAGUACCACGGCAAGGCCCACCCCGGCACCUUCCCCCACGGCAGCCCCCGGCCCUUCGGGACCCUCCAGGCCAGGAACAAGGCCAUGUUCAUCCAGAACCUGGCCUCCAUCUCCAGCAGCAGCGAGCUCAGGAGCUCGGCCCUCUUCGGGCACCUGGGGGGCCGCCUGGUGGUCCCCAACACAGGGGUCAGUCUGUUGAUUCCACACGGGGCUAUUCCUGAGGAGAGCUCCUGGGAAAUCUACCUGGCCAUCACCCAGAAGGAGUCCAGCCUGGAGCCGGAGGGCCCCGAGGUGCUGCUGGGGCCCGAGGUGAGCUGCGGGCCCCCCGAGCUGGCCGUGAGCACCCCGUGUGCCCUGAGCAUCCCGCACUGCGCCCACGCCGACCCCCAGCACUGGAGCAUCCGCCUCAAAAGGAGGACGCAGCAGGGCAAGUGGGAGGAAGUGAUGUCUGUGGAAGAGGAAACUACUUCUUGCUACUGCCUGUUGGAUCCUUAUGCCUGUCACAUUCUCUUAAACAGCUUUGGAACUUAUGCCCUAAUUGGGGAACCCAUCUCAGACUGCGCCGUUCGACAGCUGAAAGUCGCCGUUUUUGGCUGCCUGUCUUGCAACUCUCUGGAUUACAAUCUGAGGGUUUAUUGUGUGGAUAACACCCCUUGUGCAUUCCAGGAAGUGGUUUCAGAUGAAAGACUCCAAGGUGGGCAAUUGCUGGAGGAGCCCAAACUUUUGCAUUUUAAAGGCAACACCUGCAGCCUGCAGAUCUCAGUGCUGGACGUCCCUCCCUUCCUGUGGAGAAUCAAACCCUUCACUGCCUGUCAGGAGGUGCCGUUCUCCCGCGUGUGGCGCGGCAGCCCCCGGCCCCUGCUCGGCGCCUUCUCCCUGGAGCGCUUCAGCCCCGCCACCACCCAGCUGUGCUGCACCGUGUGCGUCAGGCAGCUGCAGGGCCACGAGCAGCUGCUGCACGUCCAGACCUCCGUCCUCGAGACUGAGAGAGAAAACAUCACCUUCUUCGGCCACGAGGACAGCGCCUUCCCCGCCCAGCUGGGCCCCAAGGCCUUCAAGAUCCCGCGCUCCAUCCGGCAGCGCAUCUGCGCCACCUUCGACGCGCCCAGCGCCAAGGGCAAGGACUGGCAGAUGCUGGCCCAGAAGAACAGCAUCAGCAGGAACCUCUCCUUCUUCGCCACCCAGAGCAGCCCCUCCGCCGUCAUCCUGGACCUGUGGGAGGCGCGGCACCAGCACGACGGGGACCUGGACUCGCUGGCCUGUGCCCUGGAGGAGAUUGGCAGGACACACUCCAAGCUCUCAGAGGUGGCAGAGCCCGAGCUGGAGGAGCCCGAGUUCCCCUGCAGCAGGAAGGGCCUUUAGUCCCUCUGCCCCGCCGGGACGCGCGGCCAGCCCGGCCCUGAGCCCGGGCCGGGGGGACAGGAGGGUUUGUGGGGAUGGGACCCACCCCACAUCCGUGGCAGCGGGAGGAGCAGAAGCAGCCCUGCUAAAAAAACCCUCCGGUGAUGAGGAAAAACGAGCUUCUCCCUGUCCUCCUCCACUUAAAAUCCACCUUUUGGUGCCCCAAACAAACCUGCACUUGUGUCAGUCCCGGGGCAGGAGGGAGAGAGACACAGAGCCAUAAGAGGUAAAUGUUAUUUGUGUUUAGGAACAGUCAUGUUCGUGUACUGCCUAGUGAAAAUCAACAAAUAAUGUUGGAUAUUUUGAGCCACUGGAGGUUGGUCCUGGUUAAAAGGUUUCUCGCUUCGAGAGUGGUUUAAAAUCCCAUCACGUUGUCACUUUAUGUCUGCUACAGGAAAACUGAAAAUUUGGCCUUAUCCUGUUCAGAUGCUUGAGGAAUUAGAAGAACUCAUCAUUAUUUCAUAUCAUGUGUAUUCCAAAUAAUUUGUUUUAAAAAUUCAGCCCCUUAAUGAAUGUACAUUUGCUGCAGAGCUUUGCUGCCUGCUCUGUUACCAAAAUUCCAGAACAAACCCCUUCUCUCUGAGACUGGGGGUUGUGCACACGCCAGAGGAAUUUUCUAAUUUUCUACGUCUGCAAACUUUCUUAGUCAAAAAAACCUGUCUUUGGGGGUGGAUUUAAAUAACCAAAUAACACACGGGAAAUUUCCAGCCCUAUUUUAGCACGUUGAGACAUUUAUUUUUAUUACUUCAUGCUCUGUGCCUGAGCUGAAGGUGAAGGCAAUCAGCACAGCUUCAUUUUGGUUUGGUUUGGUUUCAGACUGAGACCACAAACCCCACACGGCACUGCCAGCACUGGCCUUGAUUUCGUUGCACAUUUUGGGAAUUUCACCGGGUGCAGAGCUGGCUGUGUUACCUUGGUUUAGCUACAAAUUGCAUUUACCCCCAAAAUCAGAAUCUAAGUGGAGAAUUCGCCUCGUUUUUUACCCAUUCCAUACAAAUAUGAUUUAUGACUUCAACCAAACCAAAAAGAGCUGUCACUGUGAGCGAGGGCCUGGUGGAGCUGGUACCGAGCCAAAUGUCAGCAUUAUUUUGACCAUUCCUUUCACUCACAUCCUUCACCCUAGCCGAGGUGCUCCUCGGCCCGUGGGGCUGCCGGGGCACAGUCAGGAGAAACAGGAACAGAAAUGAGGCUUUGGGAGCUUAGUGGAAAUGCAGGAAACCCAAACUAAGGACUUGGGGGCUGUUUUAGCCUCGUGUUUGGCUGAGAGCAGCCCCCAGGGCAGGUCCAGUCUGGAACUACUCCUUCACUCGGGACUGCAGUGUGAAAAUCUGAACAACAACAACAACGAGAUCAGCAACAGCAACACCAGCUCUGCCCUUGCUCCUGCUGCUCUGAAAUCACGAAUGUCGCUGCCUGCCCAGCUCAGGAAUGGGCUGAGACUUGGAAAUCCCGAGACUUGGGAAUCCUGAGAGCUGUGCAAACCUUGCCUGCAGCUCAGCAUCUCCUGCAGCCCGGCAGGAGGCUCCUGGCACAGGUUUAGGGGCAGACAGAAAUACCGGCUGCAAGCUGUCACUGCUUUCAGCAGCACACGCUCCUCCAGUUCUAUCUCCAGUGACUGCCAGUCCUCCUCCUCAGAAACCUGUUCUUCGCUGGACAAAAUGUCAGGAAUCAGAAAAAACAAAACAAGGAGAGGCACCCGGGGAACGAGCGCAGCGAGCUGCCGUUGUCGGGGAAACCAGCCCGCUCUGCCUGCAGCAGGGAGUUCGUUCUCUGCUCCCGGAGCAGGCUGCCUUUGUGUCCCCCGGGUGCUGCGGGGCAUUCCUGGGAGCUGCAUCCUCCUGCUCUGCUGUCCCAACCCACGGGAGGUGCCCCGACGCCCCAAAGGAGCCGCAGGAGCUGCGUUGGGCUCAGCCCCUGCUGCCUUUCCUCAGGGAACAGCCGGGUUCUGCGCAGCCCUGGCAGCUCUGCAGACCCUGCCAGGGCAGGACACCCCGCUCACAGGGACCCCAGCCCGGCCCCAGAAUCCCAGAUCCACCCACAGUCCCACGGAGGUCGUGUCCUGGAAGGGAAUAAAUGUCCAAAGUGGACGAUUCCAGAGGGAAGCUGUUCCCCCGUGCCCGGGGCAGGGCUCAGUUGGGUGUUGCCCUUUAGGUUUUGGUCCCUGGUUUUUCUUCCCUUUGGCUAAAUCAGGUUGCUUUGCUGAUCUCACUCUUUGGGAACCUGAAUCAACAACUCCUGAGUUUUCCUUCCUAUUCCUGACUGCUUUGAUGCUCUUGUGUUCUUCAAAUGAACCAGAAAUGCCCCAAAUAUUUAUUUCCUUUCUCCCUUUCUCCUAAAAAGACCUUUUGGAAAUCUCUGCACAUAUUCAGAUGAUUUGACCCAAAACACAGAUGUGGAGGAGCACCUGGAAAAGGAUUAGAGGCCAGAAAUUAAAAAUUCAUUCCUUUCUUCUGUUGUAUAAAUUAUGAUAAUUGAAAAAGAAUUUUCAUGAACCAGAAAGCAAAAGAAAGAGAAAUGUGAAUUUCCCCCCUGUAGAUUCCACGUGGCUGCCCUGGCUCUAUGCAGGGGAAAGAGCCAUUCUGAUUUUACAUCACCAAAGAAUCUGCUUUAAUAGAUUUCCAUCUUCCUGAGCACUUUGCCCAGGUAUUUCUGUGCCAUGACUCAUUGCAGACUAAUGGCUGCAUUUUAAAAAUGACUCCCAGCUCCGCCAGCACCAUAAAGCUCAUUUCCAUCUCGUACCGCCCUGCACUCCCACAGAAAUUUUAUUGGGAUUUUUGUAAUAGAUGAAGAGAUAUCAACACAAUCCUCUUACAAUCCAGCGAACUGCUUUUGUCAUUGUUUUUAUCUCUGGCCACAGCUGCUCUCCCCCUCUCUGGCCUGGGCUCUGCUGGCUUCCAGAGAAUCUUAUUCAGCAUAAAUCACUAAAAAGGGAUCUUGCAGGGUCCAGGAUAUUCACAUCACACUGCGACUCCAUUCUUCUUUCCCACCUGCGAGGCAGUGCUGUGUGAGUUUUAAAGCAUUCAAUAACUGAUCAAUUCCAAUUUUCCACAAAAGAGAGGCACAGCUCAGGUCCACGAUGUGUUUAACAAGGGAGGGACCGGGCUGGGCUUCUGGUCACCACCUGAAUCUUCAUUUUCAGGCUGUUCCUGCCUGUAAAACACAGACCGCAGCAAA